AUGAAGCUUACUGUCUUGGCAUUGCUUCUCUCCCAGGUCUGGGCUGCUCCUCAGGCCAAACGCUCUUCCAACUUUCUGUGGCUUGGAAGCAGUGAGUCGGGGGCGGAGUUUGGCCAGGCCAAUAUUCCCGGUGUGCUGGGGACUGACUACAUCUGGCCGGAGGCGGACGAGAUCAAGGUCUUGUUCGAUGCGGGCAUGAACAUCUUCCGCGUUCCAUUCCUGAUGGAGCGACUGAUCCCUACGCAGUUGACUGGGACUCCGGAUGCUACCUACCUGGCGGAUCUUCAGGCCACUGUUGAGUCGAUCACUAGCCUAGGGGCUUAUGCCGUCGUGGACCCCCACAACUUUGGAAGAUAUUAUGGGAACAUUAUCACUUCCACGUCCGAUUUUGCUGCGUUCUGGACGACCGUGGCGACGGUGUUUGCGUCCAACGAUCAUGUCAUCUUCGACACCAACAAUGAGUACCAUGACGAGGACCAGACCCUCGUGCUCGACCUCAACCAAGCGGCUAUCACUGCCAUCCGUGCCGCCGGCGCGACCAGCCAAUACAUCUUCGUCGAAGGGAAUUCCUACAGCGGCGCCUGGACCUGGACCACCUACAACACCAACCUCGUCAACCUGACGGACCCCUCGGAUAAGAUCAUCUACGAAAUGCACCAGUAUCUCGACAGCGACGGCUCCGGCACGAGUGACAGCUGCGUGAGCACCACGAUCGGCGCCGAGCGUGUCGCGGCCGCCACCACCUGGUUGCGCGAGAAUGGCAAGAAGGCGGUUCUGGGGGAGUUCGCCGGCGGGGCGAACAGCCAGUGCCUGACGGCGGUGACGGGGAUGCUGGAUGCUCUGAGCGCCGCCAGUGACGUGUGGCUCGGCGCGCUGUGGUGGUCCGCGGGACCCUGGUGGGGCACCUACAUCUUCAGCAUGGAGCCACCGACGGGAACCGGGUAUACCUACUAUCUUUCCCUGUUGCAGAGCUAUGCGCCAGGAGGCGGUUCCUCGGGGACGACGACCACGACCUCCGUGGCUACCGCGACCACCACUACGAAGGCCACGAGUACAACCACUACCACCAGCACCAAGACCACCACCACCGCUGCUACCGCCACUUCUACGGCCGUCGCGGCUCAUUAUGGUCAGUGCGGUGGCCUGUACUGGACGGGACCGACCACGUGUGCCAGUGGCUACACCUGCACCGCGCAGAAUGAAUAUUACUCGCAGUGUUUGUAG